AUGUACCCCGUCUUGAGGUACCAAGUGAUGGACGCCUGUGAACUCAGCCAGUGCGACGGCGAAACCUUCGGAGGCGUUGUCGACAAGGGGACGAUCGACGCCGUGCUGUCCGGAGGGUUGGAGCGCGCUCGCCGCAUCUGCCAGGAGGUGAUGCGUGUACUGGAGCCCGGCGGCAAGUUCUUCGUCAUCAGCAACACGCCGGGGGAGAAGCUGCUGGCUCCUCUCCUGGCUAUGUGCGGCCCCGGGUCGACCGCGGACCAGCCGCUCGCCGUCCCUGUCCAGGGGUGGAAGGGGGGCUCCGACGGCACGAACGAUCGCGUGUACGCGUACACCGUCCUCAAGAGGGGCGGCAGCGGUGCAGCUUCUCCGCGGCAGGCGAAGAACUACGCAGGGAACGGGGCCGCCGCCGGCGCGGUCGAGGAGGGGCCGGCGAGUGCAACCGGCCGUGGUGGUGGUCGGAGAGCGCCCUCGUCCGCGAGCGACACGGGCGUCGUUCCUUCGCCCGAGGAGCGUGGGCAAAAAAAGCCUUCUAGUGAAGGCUUGGGGGAACUACACGAGCUUCCCUCCAGAGAACUCCUGGGGACAAUGGACGACAUCCUCACCAAAGAAGUCAAAAGCUUGGCGCAAUUAGAAGACCUCCUCGCCAGAGACAAAUGCUUGGGGAAAAGUAGAGACCUCCUCUCCGAGAAGAGGCCGCCUACUCCAAAGAAAUUGGAGUCAGGCGAUGAGAUAUUUUCCAGCCUCUUGGAACGCAAAGCGGCGACGCGGCCGCCUGAAGCAACGCCGCUACCCGAAGCGACGCGGCCACCCAAACCCGCCCUACCCUGGGGUUCGCGGGAGAGCUUUUCGGAAGACAGUGUCUCCGCCACGUAUGAGCUCAAGCUCGACAAGGAUGUCUCGCCGUCUACGCUGCCCGUAUCGAUGGACGCGACGCGAGUCAAGGCCUGCUACCAGCCGCCACCCGGCGGGGGGGACCCCGAGGUGCUGCUGGACCGGGAGUUUCACGGGUACGUGACCGGCGAAUCCACUUGGUGCAUCGAAGACAAGAGAGUGCUUGUUCUGAGCCUCUGCAAGCGGACCCAAGAUUUUUGGAAACGCCCUUUCAAGCAGGACGAGUCGGAACCACAGGCCGCCACUACGCGGAGUCUAGUAGACGACACGAGCAAGACCCACGAGCCUCCGGCGGUCGGCGAUGCGCCGGAGCUGAAGAAGUCCCCCGCGGCCGCCGGCUUGGGGCCGUCAAAGCCGGUGCCGACUCCUCCAACAGUGCCGAGGGAGCACGUGCGAUCGCCCAAAGUUGGCGGUGUUGCCAGCUACCACAACGUCAAGGCCCCGGAGCGCUUCCUCCUCGAAGACCACAUCGGGAUCAAGAAGCUCCAGCUGUACCUCUCCAAGCCGCCAGGGUUCGAAGUCACCAAGUUCCAAGUCUCCCGCGUGGGGGCGGAGCUCUGCGAGGUGCGCUUUGCGUGCCGCGACGCGGCCGGCAGAGACCUCCCCGACGCGCAGUUCCUCCAGCGCGCGGACGUCGGCAGGGAAGACUUCGACGGCGACCGGGCGUCGUGCUCCGCCGAAGCGACGGAGAGCAUGUGCGUCGUGGGAGUGCCUUACAGUGGUACCGCCAGCGGCCGCAGCGUGGAAGAAGAGGCUGAGAGCGACGGCCUAGACGACGAGGGCCUUCAGCGCGUCUCGUGCCUGAGGUGCCGGUUCUGCAAGCACCCAAUAACGCCGACCGGGAGGAUCCUGGCGGUCAGGGCGAUGCCCUCGGGCAGGUGGGACGAGUGCAUCGAGGACAUGAUCUGCUACGACGGGCCCCAGGCGGUGCCGAUGCUCGCGAGGGACGUGAACUUCGCUCGCCCCGGGCGCUGCCUGAUGGCGCAGGCGGAGGUGCUGCUGCACCCGCGGGACGUGAUCCGAGGCGCUCUGACCGUUGCCGACGCCCGAGGAGGGGCGGUCAGCAUGAUGCCGGAGGAAGAUGACCUGGAGUGGCGGGGUGUCGAUUGCGCGCGGUGCGAUCUGCCGCUCGGGCGACCCGCUACCUCGCCAAUCGGGCACAACAGCUCGCAAGAGAGCGUCGGCCUCCUUCUCUUGAAGCACUGCCUGCUGGGGGAUGACGACGACGGCGGCGGCGGCAUGGGAGGCGGUGGAGGUGGACAAUGCGGUGCAUCCGACGCGAAAGGCGGAGGAGAGGAACAAGAAGCGGCAAUGGACAACCGCAGCGGUACCGGCAGCGCCACUGAAGGAGGAUUGGCGCGAGGACCACCGGAGGCGACGGCGGGCUCUCCGGAAAAAAAAUCUCCUCGAGUGUUUGAGAACCGGACGGCGAUCAAGUGGCUUCAGCGGGAGAUGGCUCACUACAACGAGAGGGACGGCUGCGCCCGCUUCAUCUUGUCGGCGAAAGGUCGCUCCCCCGCGGCCCCCGGCGGCUCCCUAAGCCUCCUGCUGGUGAAGAUGAACAGCCUGGUGUCGGUGGACGGCGGCAGCAAGCCCGGCCGGGCUCACCGGGUAGCGUUUCGCGAGGAAUCCCUCGAGGAGGCUGAGCGAGCGGACGAGGAGGAGCGGCGAGGGGCCGAGUCCGAGGCGUCGCCGCCGCGAGACCCGGCGGCUGCGGGCGGGGGCUCGGACAAGACGGCGGCGAAGGUGCCUGCACGCUUGCUGGAAGUCUCUUACGGCGAGUACGCGACGGUUAGGCAGAGACUUCUUGAAACGGCGUGGGCUGGUGCUCCUUGGCGCAAGCUGGACUCCCGCGGGUACAGCUACAGCUACCUGUUUUGAGAGGAUGUUGGCGGGAGAAAGUCGUCGUCCGAGGAAAGUGUAGACUGCAGCGAUACUACUACUGUGGUAGUUUCGCAGUUGACAUCUUUUCGGUUGUAUUGUGAGAAAUGUAAAUUAAUGUGUACCUGGCAGCAAGCGUGAGGACAACCUCAUCAGGCAGUAAUGAGUGCUUCGUGGGGUACAUUCGCGGUGAUACGUACGUAUGUGUCGUUUGUUAAAUUGUGAAACGUGAUCGGUGUCUGUGUCCUAUCUUCGUUUGAGAUACAGGUGUUGCUCUGCGUUGGCCUCUAGAGUGCUUCCGAUUGGUCUUCAAUCGGUUUCUGAUCAGAAAUAGUUGCAUGACAGGGUAGUAUCUCGUUUCAGAACGAAAAAAGAAGUAGUCUAAUCUGCGUGCCGUCUUUUGUUGCCCUCGCAACGGAAGCCGACGUUUCUGGUCGGUUUGUCCUUGUGAAAACACACGUUCGAUGGGUCUCCGAUGUUGCGCAUCGUGUCUUCAAAAGUAACAAGGUAUCGCACUGCAAGGGAAAAUACUGGCGGCAGGACUCUUGUCUGUGCAAGUCCUUGGUACUUCGAUGUCAAGACGUCAAGAACGAUGGUCACCAAGACUACAGCUGUUGUGUUGUGCAAUGUUGGUGGGACGGGUCGAAAACGACGACGGAAGAAAAUAAGACACGGAAUCUUCGUUACAUUUUCCGGGCAAACUACACGGCCCCACAGCAGCAGCCAAUCAGGCCCUGACCUGUUUUGCAUGCUUAUGUUUGUGCAUAACUGGACUUUUCGUGCAUAAGCAAAAGCAUAAGUUGGAGCGCGCAUAUAUACAUUUUUUAAUGCAUAAAAGUGUGCAUAACAGGGGUUGUCGUGCAUAGCGGUGAUUAUGCACGAGUGAGAUGGGGGUAAGGGGUGGCUCAGACGCUCAGACAGCUCAUUGUAACCAAAACAGAGCCUUUUUAUCCCCUCCAAACCCUCUUGGUCUUUUAACUCUUUAGUUUCAAGUUCACAGAUCAGACCACAAAUUGUAGAUCAUCUGGAGAUUGAUUGGAUAUUCGGUGUUAAUUGAAAACAUUCGUUGUUUAAACCAACCUCGAUGACUGUUGAUUCAAACUACUUGACUUUGUACAAGAAGAGAGGAGAGAAAAGACGUAAAGACCGAAGACUUGAGACCAAGACCACAGGAACACAGGACACACCGCACAUCACUGAUUCAGCCAUCCUCUGCCUUCAUGGAGCGAGCAUUUUCUAUUCUGCGUGCAUGUAUGGACCACAGGCAGGAGUCGAGCUUCAGCGAUCGCAUUGUCGCAGCUGCCCUUCUCAAUCAAGUACAAAAGAGGGCGCGGAGAGUAAUAGUACGGGAGUACGCGACUACGCUGUUCUGCCCGUGGUGUGUGUUUGUGGUGUCUUGGAUAUGAGUCCGAUACAUCGUAUUCGAGGCUCUUUCUUAUUUGUUGCUGUUAUUUUUCUGUUUCGUUUGGUACUGCAUUUUCAGUUGAAUUCUACGGAAGGAAGUCAUAAGUGUCUGUGCGUAUUUUUGUUCCUGUUGGAAUUGAGUGUGUGGCAUGGCUUUGUCUUGAAUUUUUUUCUUGACGUUUGUGCGGUUUGUUGCAGGAAACACGGCAACCCUGCUGUUUGGUUCAGUGGCCAUUACGUGGUAUGCCAGCGGUGUUCCAUUUUACAGCAAUAAUAGCCUAGUAGCCCGCACUGCUAUGACUGUUGAUUGUUUUUAAUUGAAUUUCAUUGCUAUUUUUCGUUGCAUCGACAAUUAAUUACUGGGGGGGGGUGGAAUGUGUCCAUGAUUUUAGAGGCACUGACAGCAGCAAUUGAUUUGGUGUUCUGAUGGGUUUGACACUGCUACAACAGCAGGGAGGGGCUGUUGGGGGCGCAUUUAUUAUUGCUUGAAGUAUUUUACCGCGAUUGAUUCCAGAAUUAAAUAUAUCUACUCUG